AUGAGCAGCACCGCAGUAGCUGAACGGCCCAGGAAAGGCCGACUCGGUAGCAGAGUCAAGAGCAAUGGCGGCUGCCUGACAUGCAAGAUUCGCAAGGUCAAGUGUGGAGAGGAAAAGCCAGCCUGUCGGCGGUGCUUGAGCACAGGAAGGAAGUGCGAUGGCUAUGUGACCGCCAUCAACUCACGCCAACACGCUCCAGUAGCGCCUGCAUCGCCUACCCCAGCCCACGUCGGAUGCAUUUCAACCUAUGCACAUGCAAAUCGGCUCGAGCUACAGGCCUUCGAGUUCUUUAUAGGCGACGUGCUGCCUGGCUUUUCACGGAUUGUGGACCGACGCUUUUGGCAUCAAGUUAUUCCGCAACUCAGCCAAUCCGACAAGAUCAUCUGGGACGCGGUCAAUGCCUUGUCAUGUCUCAUCCGCCAUCCCCAAAUCUCGUGGCGCUGGCUUUUACCUGGCCCGAAAGCAUCUGCGCUGGCCGACGACAACCACCGCUUGGCUGUCAAGUGGUACAGCAAAUCACUGCGUGGCCUUCAGAAACGCAUGACUCACGGCAGCAUGUCCCCAGGUAUGCUCAUGGUAACCUGCCUACUCUACAUCAGCAUCGAGUGCCUUCAAGACAACCUGGACGCCGCAAUGGUGCUUUACUACAGAGCACUGGCUAUAAAUGGUAUGCUGGCGGAGAAGGGGGAGAGCGACUGUUCAACUACAGCCGGGCGUGACCUGGGAUCCGUCGAAGGAACGGUCCAGUCUCUGCUACGACACAUGUCCAUCUCCAGAGAACUCCCUACUUCCCUGAGAAAGACGAAUAGUCACAUCAACACGACUUUCAAUUCUUUAUCAGAAGUCAGGGAGGAGGGUUACUUGGUGCUUGACGAAGUGCACGAAUUUCUCGAACACAUCGAUGGGAUAAGAAUGACAAUGCCAAAAGCCUGGCUUCCCACAUCGGACCUCAUCGAGUGGUGGGAGAAGGUGAGGACUAGGAUCCGUUUUCUGGAAACAGCUAUACAGGAGGUGGUUAAAAGACGGGGACGGUCUAUCUCGGAAUGUCCUGAUGAAGACGAGCUCUACUCAACGCUGAUGUUGUCUUUUAACCACUUCUACAUCGUGGUGUCUUCAUCUGUGAGCAUGUAUCAGACGGCCCUGGACGAAUUUAUGUUUCAAUUUCGAUCGGUAAUCGCGUAUGCUCGCCGCGUGGUCGCCAUCCAACGAACAAGAUCUCGACGUCCGGUAUUUGUCUUUGAGACGCGCAUUCUCCCUGCUCUUUACUACGUCGCAACCAAGUGCCGCCAUCCGCUCAUCCGUCGAGAGGCGAUUUUCUUGCUUGAAAACGAGGCGCCCCGCAUGGAGUAUAUCGCCAAAGCAGAAGGGAUGGCCGCAGUGGCCAAGAGGAUUGUCGGGAUCGAAGAAGCCUGUGGCAGCGAGCAGGGCGUGUUUCAUGAGGACUGUCCUUCUCACAAGGUUGAUUUGCUCCCGGCCGAAGACCAUCGAAUAUAUCGAGAGCGGCUGACGGCGCUGGUGGAUACAGCCUCAGGUGAACCGAUACAUUUUCUGGAGUAUGGCAUAUGGCGGCGAGCAGGCGACGGUGGUGCUUGGAUUCCGACCAAAAAUGUCGUCAAAGUGUGA